UUCCAGCGCCGGGUUGUUGCCUCAAAUCUUUUCAAAUUUGUGAAUUGAUUCUUGCCUUAAUUCCUCAAUUUAAACUCCAAUAAUUUUGGUAAUUAACCUUCAAUCCCUGUGAGAAUCAAAUCCCCCAACUUGGGCAUAUAGAGUAAAACCAUUUAAACCCCACAAUAUUGCUCUUAUUCUCCAAAGGCGACACACCAAAAAUCUCAAGAACAAGUUUGAUUUCUCUCCCAAUCCCAAUCUCAAUCAAGUUCAAGUUAGUUUGAGACACACAAAAAUCCAAUGUCUAAUGAGACCAAAGUUCUAUCUAUCCGGAUCAAUUGUUGUGACAAAUGCCGCAAUGGUGUCCCAAAAAAAAUAAGGAAAAUGGCAGGGGUGGACAACGUUCUAAUAGAUGAAAAAGAAAAUCUUGUAUAUGUCUUUGGCGAAAUCGAUGGCACAACGUUGUUGAACAACGUUGCGAAGCUAGGCAAACCGGUCAAGCUUGUAUCAUCAGCAGACAAGCAGCCCAUGAACCAUGCUGAUGAAAACCACAACAAAUCCGAAGCUCGUGGCGAAAAGGGAAAAAAUCACGUCAACUGCUGCUGUGAAGACGGUCGUCACCACCGCAGCAACAGGCAGAAGAAGGAGGAAGAGAAAGACGAGCACAAAUGCGAAGACUACGUUCCCCCCAAGAUUAGUCCCACAGUGUGUAGAGAUAUUUUCUGCAAAAUCCAUCCACGAGGGCGCUUGAUUAUUGACCGGGUGCCAGCUGAGAAUACGAGCAACUUCUUUGGCAUGCCGUUUUAUGGCAGAGGAGGGCCGUACCAGUAUCCGAUGGGGAACGAAGGGUGGUAUGGAUGGCAACAGCUGCCACCAAGGAGGAACACACCUCAUAAUCCAUUCAUUUUUCAGUAGAAAAAUCUACUUAUUUUUGGCAUGGCUAC